AUGCAAGCAAUAAAGUGUGUAGUAGUUGGAGAUGGAGCUGUCGGUAAAACGUGUCUUCUCAUCUCAUAUACAACUAAUGCUUUUCCUGGAGAAUAUAUUCCUACGGUUGGUUGAUCUUUUUUGAAAUUUGAAAAUGUUUGGGGUGAAAAAUUAUUCAAAAUUUGAUUUUUCUUUCAUCAGUUUUCAAGCUUAGCUAAGUGCUGAUUAAAAAUCUUGAAAUGCAGAAAUUCGCUGAUUCUUCAGGAUUAUUUUUGGAAUUAAUUCAAAUGUAAAAUUGACGUUUUGAAUAUUAAGAAGAAAAUUUGAAUUUUUGAAAUUUUCUGUGUGAAAAACUCGAGAUUUUCUAACUCCAAUCUCACAUUCAAACUUCCUCACAAAAUUAUAUUUUUUCAGGUAUUCGACAACUAUUCGGCAAAUGUAAUGGUCGACGGCCGACCAAUAAAUCUGGGACUUUGGGAUACAGCCGGACAAGAAGAUUACGAUCGACUCAGACCGUUGUCAUAUCCACAAACCGAUGUUUUCCUAGUCUGUUUUUCGUUAGUCAAUCCGGCUAGUUUUGAAAAUGUUAGAGCGAAAUGGUGAGAAAAAUUGAAAUGUUAAAAAUAAUAAAGAUAAGAUUUUGUAGGUUCCCAGAAGUAUCGCAUCACUGCCCAAACACACCGAUUAUUUUGGUUGGAACAAAAGCUGAUCUCAGAGAGGAUAGGGAUACUGUUGAAAGGCGGGUUGAGAUUUUUUGA